GGAUGAGGGAAAAUUGACAGCCUCAGGCACCGGCAAUGCACGCAGCGCAUCGUAUCACAGCUAGUCAUUUGGCUUACCCGCACCCUAUCUCGUACCUAGUAGCCUUGUCCAUUGCUUAGCGUAGAAACUAACAGAAAGAAAGAAGAGCUACAACCUACCGUUUUUACCAGAAAAAGGACCCUCCUUCAUUCAACUUGCAGUAAAAGUAAUUUGCGCCGAACUUCUACUUCCUCCUCCCCCCGCCCCAGUUUCUCUUCAGUUCAUCCUCUUUUUUUCCUACUGUGUGCAAGAAGAAUCAUUUGCAGCGUCAUCUCUUUCCAUCUCUCCUUUUCAAUCUCCUGUCGAUACAAGGCGUCUGGAUCUUCCGAGUGGUGUUUGUCUCCUCUCUCUUCCUCUCGUCUUUUUUUCUGCAGUCGUGAUUGAUUAAUUUCUUUCAUAUUCACACCUCUCCAUCUAUCAUCAUCGUCUCAUCCAGGAGGCUUUAUUUCUCACGCGGUAUUCUGGGAUUUGAUCGCAGAAAACCCCUCCUUUAUCGGUCUCUUACUCUCUGCUACUCCUGCAUUACCCUGAGCUUCACCUCGAACUCCAUCUGUUCACUUUGAAUUCCAAAGUUCAAUUAUUCAUUCACACAACAAGUCAUAAACAGCUUGUUGCUUAUUUAACUUUUUCCAUCGAUCUAUUUCGCAAGUCAUUUAUCGGAUUUUCGAGUCUCACGCGCUUCUUAUCGUUCAAGUUACACCAGAACGUAAAUCAGCGCACCUUCGAAUCUCAACUUUUUUCGUUCCUUGUAUCAUCGAUCUCUUUACGAUCCUCUCCACACAAUUUCCUACUUCCGAUUUUUAGGUCUAUCUGCUUCCUCCGAGCAAGUAUUUCGAAGAAACCAUCUAAAGUACCAUCUUUGAUCAUAUUUUACAAUGGCAGACAACGGUGCUCCAGGCAGUGCUCAGCUCCCACCACCACCGCAGACUUCUGCUGGUGCGCCAGGCUAUGAGAAUGGCCACAAUAGCCAGGGCAAUCCCUCGCAUAUGCCACCGCCACCACUUCCACCAGUUAUCAUUCCGCAGAACACAAAUCCAAUCCCAACUGCUAUUACAUCUCCUAUGGGCGAAAAUGGUGGGGUAAUGUCGCCAGACAGCGCCGGUGGAUUUGUUCGCCGAGCUGCACCAGAACCAAACAAGCGCGCAUUAUAUGUUGGAGGUCUUGACCCAAGAGUCACUGAAGAAAUUCUCCGUCAGAUUUUUGAGACAACUGGCCAUGUUCAAAAUGUCAAAAUCAUUCCUGACAAGAAUGUAGGUGCUUCAAAGGGAUUCAACUAUGGCUUCGUCGAAUAUGAUGAUCCUGGAGCAGCUGAGAGAGCCAUGCAAACUUUGAAUGGAAGACGUGUCCACCAGGCUGAAAUCCGAGUGAACUGGGCUUACCAAUCGAACACAUCGAACAAGGAAGAUACAUCAAACCACUUCCACAUCUUUGUCGGAGACCUCUCAAACGAAGUGAAUGAUGAAGUUCUAUUACAGGCUUUCUCUGCCUUUGGAUCUGUGUCCGAGGCACGUGUUAUGUGGGAUAUGAAGACGGGAAGAUCUAGGGGCUAUGGUUUUGCUGCUUUCCGCGAACGUCAGGAUGCCGAGAAGGCACUAAGCUCUAUGGAUGGUGAAUGGCUGGGCUCCCGAGCUAUUCGUUGCAACUGGGCCAACCAGAAGGGUCAGCCAUCUAUCUCGCAACAGCAAGCCAUGUCUGCCAUGGGCAUGACUCCUACCACACCUUUUGGCCAUCAUCACUUCCCAACCCAUGGUGUUCAGAGCUAUGAUAUGAUUGUUCAACAAACUCCUCAAUGGCAAACCACUUGCUAUGUUGGAAAUUUGACACCAUACACAACACAACAAGAUCUUGUCCCAUUGUUCCAGAAUUUUGGAUAUGUUGUCGAGACUCGUUUCCAAUCUGAUCGAGGCUUUGCUUUUGUAAAGAUGGACUCUCAUGAGAAUGCCGCACUCGCCAUUUGUCAAUUGAGUGGAUACAAUGUCAACGGUCGUCCUCUUAAGUGUAGUUGGGGUAAGGAUAAAGCACCCACCUCAGCAGGCUUCGAUGGCUCUCAGCAAAGCUACAGCCCUCAAGCUGGACCAACUCCUGGUGGAUUCCCAGGUACACCCAACGCUUAUUUCCCACAAUACGGUGGAAUGCCUCCGCAAGCUGGACCUCAAUCAGCUGGACCCAUGGCUAAUCAGCAGUCUCCAGGCCAGUUCGCUGGUCAACAAGGAGGAUAUGGUGGUCCUCCAGCUCAAUCUCCAGCUCAAUACAGCAACCAACCCAUGGGAUAUGGUGGCCCUGCCAGUGCUGGAGGAUAUGGUCGUGGUGCUCAACCAACACCAACCGCGCAGUGGAGUGCUCCCGCUACGCAAAGUUACGGGAACGGCUUUGGUGGUUACCAAGGCUAAUUUUCUAUACGGCUGCAUGCAUUUAUGACCUCUUUUGGAGCAACUAUUUUCAGGUGUAUUUCGCUUUGUCAAGUUCUUAUGGUCCUAUGGGGAGCCGGGAUAUUAAAUUUUGGUGGCAUAAUCUCAUUUCCGCAUCUGUGCUUUGGUCUCUUAUUUGACGGCUAGGCCGAGCAGCAUUGAAGUUGCAUAGGGCGCUCUAUUUCAAGAUAAUUUUCUUUUGAUCCGUAGUUUUCCUAUGUUGCCUAGUGUUGGAAAGGUGAUUUUUACGUCCAUCAAAAAAGUUGUUUUCUUCUCUUCUAGGUUAUCGUUGCCUUUGGAUUAUUUUUUUUGCAUUUGAUUUAUGGUCUCUCGUUCUUCGCCUUUUCUCCUCAUGAGUCCACGAAUCUACUAUAGCGACUACCCCGUUUAUAUUGUGCCAUGACACUUCUUCUUUUUGGUCAACAUUGUCAUUAUCGAUAUGGCUGGCAGUUACAUAAAAUAUGUUAUACGAAAGAUUGUAAUGAAAAUGAUAGGUUUGUCCUAAGAUUUUUCAGCAGAAUCGAAGGAUUUGGUUGGCAGGUAGGAAGCCAAAAUGGGACGAGGGCACUGUAGAGUUAGAAACAUUCACAGCUACCUAUUAAAAAGUAAUGCUGUCAAACGUCAGCAAUGAAUACUACAGACUCUCUCUACUUA